AUGGCUUCCAGCGUGGACACGAAACUCCUGAGGGCCACCAAGUUCCCUCCCGAGUUCAACCAGAAGGUGGACAUGCAAAAGGUUAACCUCCAGGUCAUGAAAAAGUGGAUUGCCAGCAAGAUCUCUGAGAUUCUAGGUUCAGAGGAUGAUGUGGUAACCGAGCUCUGCUUCAAUUUGAUUGAUGGCCCACGAUACCCCGACAUUAAGUCCAUGCAAAUCCAACUCACCGGAUUCCUCGACAAGGAUACUGCACCGUUCUGUAAAGAACUAUGGUCACUAUGUUUAAGUGCUCAGAGCAGCCCCCAGGGUGUACCGAAGGAGCUUCUCGAAGCCAAGAAGCUCGAGCUGAUCCAAGAGAAGGUAGUUGACGCCGCGGCCAAAACCAUUCUACUUGAUGUAUACUGA